CCUCGGCCGGGCGCGCGCCUCGGGCUCGGGCGGAGCGGAAGACGCGUGGAGCUGUGCGAGGACCCGCGGGCAGUGCAGAUAAGGUCCAAGACUCACAUGAUCUUAGAAGGAUCUGAGACUCAAGAAAAGGUGACAGCUUGUGCACCUAUGAUUUAUGUUUUAGAAAUAGAUGUUAAACUUUGGUUUGAAUGAAAAAUGUCUCUCAACCCACCUGUAUUUCUCAAAGAAAAGGAAGAAAAUAAUUCAAAAUUUGUAGAAAUACAACACUCACAAACUGCUUCCAUAGCUGCAGAAGAUCCUCUUCAAAACUUACGCUUAGCAUCUCAAGAAGUUCUUCAUAAAGCUCAGCAAAGUGGAAGAUCAAAAUGUCUCAAAUGUGGUGGUUCAAGAAUGUUCUAUUGCUAUACGUGUUAUGUCCCAGUUGAAAAUGUACCUAUUCAACAGAUGCCACUUGUGAAGCUUCCACUGAAGAUUGAUAUCAUUAAACAUCCAAAUGAAACAGAUGGCAAAAGUACUGCUAUACAUGCAAAACUAUUAGCACCUGAAUCUGUAAAUAUUUACACAUAUCCUUGUAUUCCAGAAUAUGAAGAAAAGGACCAUGAAGUUGCACUUGUUUUUCCUGGACCUAAGUCUGUCUCAGUAAAAGACAUUUCUUUUCAUCUGCAAAAAAGGAUUCAAAAUAAUGUUAAAGGCAAAAAUGAUGACCCUGACAAGCCAUUUAUUAAACGCAAGAAAACUGAAGAACAGGAUUUGAAUGACAGCAACGGCCAAGACACAACACUGAAAAAAAUUAUAUUUAUAGAUAGCACCUGGAACCAAACAAACAAAAUAUUCACUGAUGAGAGACUUCAAGGAUUGUUACAAGUUGAGUUGAAAACAAGAAAAACUUGCUUUUGGCGCCAUCAAAAAGGAAAGCCAGAUACCUUCCUUUCCACAAUUGAAGCCAUUUACUAUUUUCUGGUAGACUACCAUACUGAUAUAUUAAAAGAGAAAUACCAAGGACAAUAUGACAAUCUCUUAUUUUUCUACUCUUUUAUGUACCAGUUGAUAAAGAAUGCCAAAUGCUCUGGAGACAAGGAAACAAGAAAACUUAUCCAUUAGUUUUUAAGAAGCUACUUAUGUCAUUUUAUUUUGCUAAAAAUCAAUAAACCUGUAAUUGUGCUUUGUUUAUUCUUA